AUGCCAAGCUCCUCUGUGUUCGCUCCGGUGGCAUCGGCCUUCGGCUUGCCCCGGUCGUCGCCCAGUCGAAACUCCAGUCCCCUCAGGACCGGCGACGUCACAGAGGAUGCCAAUUACACAGCAACCUUGUUGACGUCAAAUGCUUCGGGAAUCACCAGCCCGAGCCCCAGUUCCGCGUCGCCCGCUACUCCUUCCACGCCCCCAUUCUCUGCAAGUGCUUUCGGCAGCAACAAGCGACUGCCCAAGAUGAACGACGGCGCCGUCGACGUCGUCAAGAGCUCAGCCCGCUCCAGCCUGGAGAUGCUCAGCCUCAGCAACUACCGAGCCGAUCUGGACAGGCUCAACGACAAGUCGCAGCGUUCCAGCAUGGACAAGAGCAGCAGAGACUCUGGCCGCUCUAGCCUGGACAGUGGCCGCACAAGCUCCAGCGCCGAUUGGCCUGCCCACCCUUAUGAGCUCAACCCCAUCUCCGAGCUGGACAAGCUUCCCCUUGGAACAGAGGUCAACUUUCGAGCCAGGCUAGUCACCCAGCGACAGCUGUCCAAGAACCUAGACUUUCUCCUCUUCCGUGACCAGACGCACACCGUCCAGGGCGUCCUGUCUCGGGAGUACCUCGACAUGGUACGGUGGGUGCAGAAGCUCAACUCGGAAAGCCUGGUCCAGGUAAACGGGACCCUCAAGGCCCCGCCCGAGCCCGUUCGUUCGGCGACGCAUUCCAGUGUCGAGGUGGAAGUGCAUUCCAUACUCCUGGUCAACGCUGCCCAGGGGGCGCCCUUCACAAAUUACAAGCCCCCCGAGACUCUUCGCAACCGCCUGACGUCCCGGAUUCUCGAUCUUCGUCACCCGUCCAAUCAAGCCCUGUUUCGAAUCCGCGCCCUUGUGGCGCGCAAGUUCCGCGAAACUCUGGAAGAGCAGGGCUUUUUGGAAAUCAACACCCCCAAGCUGCAGCCCGCUGCUACCGAGAGCGGCGCAGCCGUGUUCAAGGUAAACUACUUUGGCCGAAAUGCCUUCCUCGCGCAGAGCCCGCAGCUGGCCAAGCAAGAGGUCGUGUCGGCCGACUUUGGCCGCGUCUUUGAGAUCGGCCCCGUCUUCCGCGCCGAAAACUCCAACACGCAUCGCCACCUCACCGAGUACACCGGCCUCGACCUCGAAAUGGCCAUAGAACACGACUACCACGAGGUAAUCGCCGUCAUUGACGACUUCCUCAAGUCAGUGUUCGCCGCCGUGUAUGCCAUGCCCGAGUUGAGCGAGGUCCAGAAACGAUGGCCCAGCACAGAGUUCAAGUGGCUGGACGAGACCCUGAUUCUCGACUUUCAAGACGGCAUCCAAAUGCUUCGUGACGACGGCCGAGAUGUCGAGAUGGUGGAUCUGUCCACCCGAGACGAAAUUCGCCUGGGCCAGCUGGUCAGGGAAAAGUACGGGACCGACUAUUACGUCCUGGACAAGUUCCCCACCAGCGCCCGGCCCUUCUACACGCACAAAGACCCCCAAGAUCCAUUCUGGACGAGGUCUUUCGACAUCUUCAUCCGAGGACAGGAGGUCUGCUCCGGCGGCCAGCGCAUCAACGACGCCGCGGAGCUGCGGGAGAGCAUGAGGGCCUCGGGCAUCGCGGAAGACGGCAUGCAGGACUACCUCGACGCCUUUGAUCUCGGCGCGCCUCCCCAUGCCGGCGCCGGUCUCGGCCUGGAGCGCAUCGUGGCCUGGAUGCUGGAGCUCGGCGACGUCCGGUACGCCUCCCUUUUCCACCGCGACCCCAAGUCGCUGCCCGAACAAGCCCCCGGGCUGCCGCACCCGGAGGCCGACACCACCAAGCCGCUCCGAGACGGCGCCAUGCCGCCCGUCGAGAAGCUCAUUGCCAACUACGGCGACGCCUCCAACACGUCUUGGCUGGACGAGCGGUUCGAGAUCUGGAGACACCCCACCGGCGCCGCCGUCGGCUACGUCAGGCAGGACAAGUUCGCCAUGGUCACGGGAGACCCGCUGUGCGAAAAGUCGCAGUACAACGACGUCGUGGCCGCGUUUGUCAAGUUUGUGGAGCGCGACCUGGGCCUGUCGCCGGUGUGGAUGAUGGUCUCGUACAACGUCCAGAAGAUCCUCGGCCAGCAGCUGAAGUGGCGCACGCUGUCCUGCAUCGAGGAGCAGAGGGUGGACGCCAGCAAGGUGCACAGCGUCAACGGCAAGGGCCCCAAGGCGCGGCGCGUCGAGCGCGAAGGCGUCAAGAUGCAAGAGGUCAAGCCCGACGCCGACCUGAUGCGGCGGGCCGACGAGGCCAUCGCGGCCUGGAAGGCCAACCGCAAGGGCAAGCAGAUGCACCUGACCGAGGUGCGCCCCUGGGUCGACAUGGACCACCGCCGAUACUACGUCGCCGACAAGGGCGGCAAGAUGCUGGCCAUGGUGGUGCUGGCGAAGCUGUCGCCCGAGCACGGCUGGCAGGUCAAGUGGGCGCUCGACUUCCCCGGGUCCGUCAACGGCGCCAUCGAGGUGCUCAUCGAGCACGCCCUGUCGACCAUCUCCGGCCAGGUCACGUUUGGCGUGGGCGUGUCGGAGAAGAUGACGCCGGGGGAGCACCUGCACGGCCUGCGCGCCAAGUUCCUAGCCUCGGCGUACGCCUCCAUAGUCGACAGCCUGGGCCUGCGUCGCAAGGCCGACUUCCGCAGCAAGUUUGGCGCCCUGGGCGACGUCGUCUACAUCUGCUUCCCCAAGCACGGCCUGGGCCUGCGCGACAUUCAGCACAUUGUCAAGUUUUUCCAGGACUAG